CAACACACAAAUUUUGCCAUUUCUUUCUUUUUAAACACGUGUUGUACGUAAUGUACACACGUCGAAUUAUUUUUGCUAUAAAAUAAUAACAAAAUAAGCCAAAAUGAGUUUGUACAACUUCAAGAAAAUCGCUGUGGUCCCCACGGCCAAGGACUUUAUAGACAUAAUACUGUCUAAAACGCAAAGGAAAACACCCACAGUAGUCCACAAGCACUACAAGAUAUCUCGGAUACGUGGGUUUUAUAUAAGGAAAGUGAAAUACACACAACAGAACUUCCAUGACCGACUUUCUAGGAUUAUACAGGAAUUCCCAAAACUAGAUGAUGUGCAUCCGUUCUACGCAGACUUGAUGAACGUUUUGUAUGACAAGGAUCACUACAAGCUUGGUCUCGGUCAACUCAACACCGCCAGACAUCUUAUUGACAAUGUAGCGAAGGACUAUGUCCGCUUACUGAAGUACGGAGACUCACUGUACCGCUGUAAGCAACUGAAGCGAGCUGCUCUCGGACGCAUGGCGACUAUCAUGAAGCGUCAGGCUGCCAACCUCACAUAUCUGGAACAGGUGCGCCAACAUCUGUCCCGUCUGCCAUCCAUCGACCCUUACACACGAACCAUUAUCAUCUGUGGAUUCCCCAACGUCGGCAAGUCCAGCUUCAUCAACAAGAUCACUCGCGCCGACGUAGAAGUUCAGCCAUACGCAUUCACAACAAAGAGUUUAUACGUCGGACACACAGACUACAAAUAUCUGAGAUGGCAGGUGAUAGACACGCCCGGCAUCCUGGACCACCCGCUGGAGCAGCGCAACGUGAUCGAGAUGCAGGCCGUCACUGCGCUUGCGCACCUGCGCGCCGCUGUGCUCUACUUCCUGGACCCCUCCGAGCAGUGCGGGCACAGCAUCGAGGACCAGAUAUCCCUGUUCGAAAGCAUUAAGCCGCUGUUCUCCAACAAACCACUAAUCGUGGUGAUGAACAAGAUGGACGUAAUAACCCCUGAGGAGCUGCCUCCCGCCAAGAGAAAGCUGAUUGAGGACCUAGAAGCCGUCUGCGCCAAGGGGAACCUCGUCAACGCGGACUCGAACUCUGAACUGACGACGGUCCCGGUGAUGCGCUGCUCCACCGUGACGGAGGCGGGCGUGCAGGAGGUCAAGAUGGAGGCCUGCGAGCGGCUGCUGGGGCACAGGGUCACCGAGAAGAUGAGGACGAAGAAGGUGGACGGUAUCCUCAACCGGCUGCACGUGUCGCUGCCCGCCCCGCGCGACGCCAAGGCGCGGCCGCCCGUCAUCCCGCCCGCGGCGCAGGCCAAGCUGGACCGCGCCAGCCGCAAGAGGAAGCUGGAGAGAGAAAUCGAGCUCGAGGCUGGGGACGAUUACGUGCUUGAUCUCCAGAAGAACUACUCCGAGAUUCCGGAGGAGGAGCGCCACGACCCCAUCCCUGAGUUCUGGGAGGGACACAACAUCGCCGACUACAUCGAUCCGGAUAUCUUCGACAAACUGGCGGAGUUGGAGAAGGAGGAAGAGCUCCGCGAGGAGAGCGGCAUGUACGCCGCGCCCAAGAUCGAGCUGGACAACACCAUGAGGGAGAUCCGCGAGCUGGCCAGGCAGAUACGCAACAAGAAGGCGAUCCUCAAGGACGAGUCCCGCCUCACCAAGCAGUCCACCAAGCCCGUGAUGCCGCGCACCAGCCGCGCCCGCGCCAGGGACCGCUCCACCGGCAAGCUCAGGGACGAAAUGGAGAAACUUGGCGUGGACAUGUCGGAGACGAAGGAGGCCCACUUCACGCGCUCCGUGUCCCGGGGCCGCUCGGCCUCCGCUGCAGCAUCAGGCCCGGUCGCCAAGAAGGCGCGGCUGGACGUGUCCCGCGGCCGCUCCGUCAGCCGCCCCGCCCGCGACGAGCAGGGCGUCAAGGAUGUUGCUAUGCGAAAGAAAGUCAAGGACAUGGCGCACGUGGCCAUCUCGAAGAAGACCAAGAAGAUGGGCCUCAAAGGAGAGGCGGAUCGCUUCAUCGGAACCAAGAUGCCCAAACAUCUGUUCGCUGGCAAGCGAGGUGUCGGCAAAACCGACAGACGAUAAUGAUAACCCACUGGCUCUUACUGUUAUUUUAUUAUCUUGUAUAUUACAUCAAGUUUAUAUUUUUCUGGCAAACGAGGUGUCGGCAAAACCGACAGACGCUAAUGAUAACCUAGGACUUAUAUGUUAUUAUGUUGUAUAUUCCGUCAAAUUUGUAGGUUUCAAGUUAUUAUUCGAUUUGUUUAUCAAAAUGAUAUUCUCUCUUACAAGCCUCUGUUGUCUCUCCACUUUCCCACACUUUUCCACUUUUUGUAUUCCCUGUCUGGGGGUUUAAAAAACCACAAUGUUGUCUAUUUGGCAACCACCAACAGCAAAACUAGCUUUAUCUGUUUCAUCUUCAAAGUUCCAGCCUCCAGCCACUUACUUUCAUCAUCAAAAAAAUCGAUAUAUUGAUAGUUGUCAUUUUGAGAAGUUAGCAUUCUGAGAAGUUGGCAUUUUGCGAGUGGUUGGCAUUUUGCGAAGUUGUCAUUAUGAGAUGAAAGGCUUUCUUGCACAUAUUGUUAGUGAAGGAAGGCACUAGUUUAACAGCUGGCAAACUAAAAUAGGCUCCUUGACAACCAAAAAUGAGAUACUUUUUACGAAACGUCAAAACGAAAGUUCCCUUUGGAAGCAGUCAAUCGUCGUGCUCAUUGUUACUUAAUUCAUGAAUAAAAUUCGAAAAUAAGCCGAAAUGUAAAAUGAGAUUGAUUUUUUUGUCACCGAGGAUGAGAAGCAGUGUAUUUUCAAUAUUGUGUUAUUAUUUAAGAGUAUAAAUAAAGAAGUUGUAUCAUA